AUGGCAAAAAAGUCUGCUUCUUCCGCUAAACAUGAGACUUCCAGCUCCUCUGUUGACACAAAGUCGCAUCCUAACACUCCUACCUCUCCUACCCAUAAAAUUGCUAUAAAAUCUUCAACCACAAAUGCUGACUUAGAGGCCAGCAACGCUUUAGUAAAACUCAUCAACAAAUAUUUCGAGACUGCAUCCACGCGCCUACGCUUAAUUGACUGCUUCAUGGCUUUUCUUGUUCUUGUUGGUGUUCUUCAAUUUGUUAUAGUCCUUAUUAUUGGCACUUAUCCCUUUAAUGCUUUUUUGGGUGGUUUUGCUUCAACUAUCGGCCAGUUUGUUUUACUUGCAGGUCUUCGUAUUCAAACUUCUAAGGCCAAUGCAUCACAGUUUCCUUCAGUCACUCCAGAACGGGCAAUUGCUGACUUUAUUGUUGGAAGCUUGCUUCUUCACUUUAUGGUCUACCACUUCAUCAAUUAA